AAUCAUAAUAUUGUGUUUGUGUAUGAAAGCAGUCCGGGACCCAAAAAUCAGUAUACAAAACAACUAAACAGAGCGAAAUAUUCAACGAGCAACAAGGCAAAAUAUGAUUUGGUACUUUCUUAUAUGCUGCCUGCUUGGACACUCGUUUGUAGUUAUUGGGAUCGAGGCCAAAUGUCUGCGGAGCACAGGCCACAUGUGGCAGCUGAAGCCACCAGCCGACAAAGCCAGCUGCAAUCGACCGCCAUUAAUGCCCAGAAAUGCAACGACAAAUGAAAAAGCAGCAUCAACUGCAGUCGACGUUGCAGCAGCAACAAUAGGAACACCAUCGGAAGGUCCUGAGGUGGGAGAAGCCGCAACUGCCCCUCCUGCGGUAAUUUUGGCCAACUACGUCUAUGAGUGCGCCAGUCGCCGGACAUUCAGCAGUUGCAGCAAGCAGCCAGAGCCGGAAUCCAAGCCGGAAUUGGAAUCCGGCCCGAAAUCUAAGGUGCCUAAGCCCCGGACUGCAACACUGGCAGUUGGCGAACUGGAAGGGUUCAGGCCAACUGGCUGAGAUUAUUUCAGCUGAUGUGCCAGGUGAUUUAAGCCCUCAUAUAUACAUAUGCAUAUAUUUCAUAAGGCAAUAAACUUAGCCAUGAUCUACUUAAGAUU